AUAAAAUUUCCCUCUUUUCCACUACCUUCGUUCACAGCUCUUCAAAGCCUUUGAAAAGUUGAAAGCUGAAACCCCCCUUUAGGCUUUUCCUGCAUUCCCUUAUUAGAAUCCCUCCUUCCUCAUUUUCGUACUCCUUUUUCUUUUCUUUCAGGAAUUUAAUCAAACAGAUAACGAUCAACAAUUUUUGGUGCCAAGCUAUUACUGAUUAUGCUCAUUGACGUCCCUUCAACUCCAGUACCCACUUUUCUUAAGGUCUCAAAACCCCUAAAACUUCACUUGAUUUUUAAUUUUGAUCUCUGGGUUUGGUUUCUUUAGGUAUGGUAACUGGUAGUAACAGUGUUCAAAACCAUAACCACCAAGAAGAUGGGGAUCAAAACCAGACUAAGAGAGGUGCUUCUAGGUCGUGGGGCACCACUGUUUCGGGUCAAUCUGUUUCGACUAGUGGUAGUGUCGGCUCUCCUUCGAGCCGGUGUGAGCUAGCUAUGGCGACGCCUGCUAGUGAGAACACUUUUUUAAGGUUGAACCAUCUCGAUAUUCACGGAGAUGAUGCUGGAUCUCAAGGUGCUGUUGGUAGUAAAAAGAAAAAGAGAGGUCAACGUGCAGUUGGUGGUGAUAAGAGUGGCAGAGGACUCCGUCAAUUUAGCAUGAAAGUUUGUGAAAAAGUGGAAAGCAAGGGAAGAACUACGUACAAUGAGGUGGCAGAUGAACUUGUUGCUGAGUUUACUGAUCCAGGCAAUAACAUAGCAUCACCAGAUCAGCAGCAGUAUGAUGAGAAAAACAUUCGGCGAAGGGUUUAUGAUGCCCUGAAUGUACUAAUGGCAAUGGAUAUUAUAUCUAAGGAUAAAAAGGAAAUACAGUGGAAGGGACUUCCGCGUACUAGCUUGAGUGAUAUAGAAGAUCUAAAGACUGAACGGCUUGGACUGAGAAAUAGGAUUGAAAAAAAAGCUGCCUAUCUUCAUGAAUUGGAGGAACAGUUUGUAGGUCUUCAGAAUUUGAUACAGCGAAAUGAGCAAUUGUACAGCUCAGGAAAUCCUCCGAAUGGGGGUGUGGCUUUACCUUUUAUCCUGGUUCAGACACGCCCUCAUGCAACUGUCGAGGUAGAAAUAUCGGAAGAUAUGCAGCUGGUGCAUUUUGACUUCAAUAGCACUCCAUUCGAGCUCCACGAUGACAACUAUGUUUUAAAGGCAAUGAAAUUCUGCGAGAGACCAGGGAGUGACGAAAUGGCACACAAUUUUUCUGCAGAUGGUGAAGGCUCUAGCAUGUCCGCGAUGUACCAACAACAGAUUGUUCCACCCCCAAUGACAAACACACCAGGCAGACCUCCUACGUCACCGCCUCUCCCCGGAAUUCUAAAAGCACGUGUGAAGCAUGAACAUUGAUAGUCAAGUUCCAUGCACAAACAAUCCAAUUUGUACAUUGUGUAAAGUACUAUGCCAGAAGGUUCCCCUGUAAGAUGAUCCUCACCUCACAAUAUUUAUCACCACGAUAAGCCGGGAUUACUCCGUUUUCUCGAAGGGUUUUUGUAGGGUAUCGGUUCCAGCAAGUCCUUCAGCUUUUUUACUUCUUUAUGAUCUUGCUCUUGUAAUUGUUUCUGUCCUAUAUUGCCUUGUUAUGUUGACCUCACUGUAGUAGAAAAUUACCUUAUUUGUAUUAGAGUACAGAAUCAUAGAAUGAACUAGUCAAUGAACUUAUAUUAUAAUGGCGCACAAAGACAAUCUCUAUUUCCAUGAUA